AUGAUCGUUAACCCCCAAGAACGGUUGAAACGUCGGAAGCUUCUCUCUCCAAUUCCGGAGUCGGCGGAGAGGGAAUCAAAUCAACCAAACCUUACACCUGCACAAAAGGAAAAUUUACUUGUGCAGUAUGUGGAGCUGAGAUCUCAGGUCGGGGAUUUGGAGGAAAGCCUCCUCGAUCAUCUCCUGAACGAAAACAAGAAACUCCGAGAAGACAAUGAGCGACAGAUGCGAGAACUGAGCCAUGAGAGAGAGUUGAGGCUGAAGGCCGAGGCCGAGAGACAACGGUUCCGACUGGACUAUUAUAAUUAUAAACUAAGUUUCACAAUGGAGCAGGCCGAGCUCCGGGAAGUGAAGAUGACACUGGAGGAACUGGCGGGUACGUGGGAGACGGAGAAGAAGGCGGAGGAGGAACAGAGGAAGAAGCUGGAGGAAGAGCUGAAGCAGCUGAAGUCACACCAUCAGCUUUCUGUGCAUGAACUGUCAACCCUCCAGCGCCACACUGCUCAACUGACCUGUCAAACUCCAGGCAAGACACAGCCCAGUCUCUACACCGUAGCUCCUCCAGUUCAGCCGAAGAAGGUACACAGACCCUACACAGAACGAUCUAAGAACAAUGUUCCAUAUAAUACCAUCAGUGCCAAGCCUGAUCUGCGCGCAUCAGGGGAUAACCUAAUCAAGGUCAAGGUUACAACAGGAAAUAAGAACAUCAUUAAGAAUGCUGGUGGACUUGUGGCUAACAAUUCUAAGCAGGGUCAAAUUGUUGCCAAGAAACCAAUCCCAGGAACCAAACUUGUUUCUGUUACAAAGCAGACCCGGAAGAUGCGCUAAUGAACUAAGACUAAUACCAUCAUGUGUAUAUAUGUACUUGUUGCGCGUCAGGUGCAUGGUAAUUGUAAAUU